AUGAAAGUUGAAGCCACUGACUAUCCAACAACUUCUGGAGAAACUCUUCCUGUUUUGCACUCUGAAUAUCAGAUGGAUCAGACGCAUUGGGAGUUGGUUGCAAUUGCAGAAGCUAAUCUCCUUGACUGUCGAGAAUUCGCGUUAUACCGGUUAUUUGGAGAACCUCAAAUUGAAAACGAAGUGAACGCCGAACUACGCAAAAUACAUGAUUCGGAUAUUAUAGAACUUGAAUUACCACAGAUAAAGGCCAAGGGCAAGAAGCGGGAUAAAAUUUUCGAAAUAAUCCACGACAUUUUUAACGCAGAAAUCGUGGACAAUAAAUUGUUCAUCAAGUCUGCUUUCAAGCUCAACUUACAAGCUGAUGUAUUCAAUAUGUUGGAUGCAGCGCGUGUACAGCAAGUUGACCAGAUCAUAGAUGAGCUCCAUUCAGAGAAAAGAUCUAUUGAGGAAGAUAUUGAGGAAGCAGUUGAUGUGGAUAUACCAGAAAACAGGAGAAUCUGUGCAUUGACAUUGACAAUGGAGCCUGACAUACAGACAGGUGGAGAGGGAAAUAUUGAUGAACAAGACAUCAAUGCAUCAGAAGAG